CACUCUGACUAACUGAGGGACUCUGGUUCAUGUUUAAUGGUGGAUAUGAGUGAAGGUGUAUGAAGCUGAUUGUGUCUUUGUCUCUUCCUCCAGGAUGGACCAUGGUGGACUGCAGACACUGAAACCUGGUCUGAGGAAGUAUGCCUGUGAACUGGAACUGGAUCCAAACACAAUGAACAGAAAACUCAAACUGUCUGAUAACAACAGGAAGGUGACACAUGUGGAGCAUCAGUCAUAUCCUGAUCAUCCAGACAGAUUUGACCCCUUACCUCAGCUGCUGUGUAGAAAUGUUCUGACUGGUCGAUGUUACUGGGAGGUCGAGUGGAGAGGAGACGUUAAUAUAUCAGUGAGUUACAGAAGAAUCAGAAGGAAAGGAGGCAGUGAUGACUGUUUGUUUGGAGAGAAUGAUCAGUCCUGGAGUCUGAGGUGCUCUGAUGGUGGUUACUAUGUCUGUCACAAUAGCAACUAUACACCCAUCUCCUCCUCCUCCUCCUCCUCCUCCUCCUCCUCCUCCUCCUCCUCCUCCUCCUCCUCCUCCUCCUCCUCCUCUGUCUCUAACAGAGUAGCAGUGUAUGUGGACUGUCCUGCUGGCACUCUGUCCUUCUACAGAGUCUCCUCUGACUCACUGAUCCACCUCCACACCUUCAACACCACAUUCACUGAUCCUCUGUGUGCUGGGUUUAUGUUCUACUACUAUGGUUCCUCAGUGUCUCUGUAG